GUCCGGUCUGGUUAUUAAAAUUUCAGCUCUCUUCCGUCAAUAACAAAAUUCGUGGGUGGAGUUUCGAAAUAUUAUAAAAUUUGUAUUAAUGGCAAUAUUUUCAAAAGGUGUAAGUUGACAAUAGUAUUUCGAAAUUAUUUUAUAUAAAAAGAUGGCAAGUAGUCCCGAACCUAGUAUAUUGAAUCAACCGAUGCCGCAGAAACCUGUCGCAAAUCCAGGCCAAACAGUAACACCUGCAAAAGUUUCUGCAGUGGAGCUUUCAAAAAAGUUACAGAAAUGUAUGCUGAGACUUAAAGGAGAGUAUAUGGGAAAUGAAGGGCAAGGUGUAGACUAUGAGAAACUAAGAUUAAGUCAACAAUUCAAAGAGUAUGAGGAAUUAACUUCACAACUUCAGAAUGUCAAUUUGACAGAUUUGUCUGAGAAUGAAAAGAAAGCUUUCUUCAUCAAUUUAUAUAAUGCUCUUACUAUUCAUGGUUUGGCAAAAAUGGAAGUGUUACCAGAUUCUGUUUUAAAUGUCCAACAGUUCUGGAAGAAGACUUCUUAUAAUGUAGCAGGCCAUACAUUUAGCUUGGAUGAUAUAGAACAUGGGGUAUUAAGAGGAAACAAACCACAUCCCUCUUCAAUGAAUCCUCCAUUCAAUCCAAAAGAUCUCCGACUGAAGUUUGUCUGUACUCUGGACCCAAGGAUACAUUUUGCCUUAGUUUGUGGUGCAGUGUCAUGUCCUGUGAUCAAUGUUUACACGGCUGAGAACCUUGACACAGCAUUGGAGGAUGCAACCAAGAAUUUCUGUAAACAAGAGGUGUCAAUGUUUACAGAAACAGACGAGAUCUGGCUGUCAAAAAUAUUUCAAUGGUAUAUGGAUGAUUUCGGCAAAACAGAUUUAGAUGUUAUUAAAUUCAUAAUUCCUUAUUUGGAAUUAAGUAAACAAGAAAUGGCAAAGACAUUAUGUUCAAUGGGAAAUGUCAAGGUCAAAUAUCAAAAUUAUGAUUGGAGCAUAAAUAAAAUGGCUGCACAAAAAGUUUGAAGCUAUGAAAAGUUAUGUUGUAAGAUGGACUAUUCCCUAUUUAGAGUUGAAUAUUCAAGAAAGAGCCUGGACUCUCCUGGCAAAAUUACAAAGUUAUGGAACUGUUGAUGUUAAAUAUAAUGAAUAUGAUUGGAGACUUAAUAGAAAGGGAGUUAAUCCAUUAAUUCUCUAAAAGUCAAAGAAUAAGCAAAAAAUGAUAUAAGAAGAUUAGAAAACCAGGACUAGGAAAAAGAAAACUUGCUUAUUAUAAUUAUAACAUUUUUGCCAUUUGUUAGCUUUUCUGGUAAGGUGUCUGAGCUUCCAAAUAUUAUGGGACGAGGAAUAUUUAUUUUUUUACACAUAUAAUUGUUAUUAUUGUUGAUUUUUUCUAUAUACAGUUUUCUUUCUGUUAAAGAUAACAUCAAUAUGCACUGUGAAUAUUAAAAAUCCAUACUUGUAUGUUAAGUGUCUAUUAAUGUUUAUCAUGUUUAUUGUUAAAAAAUUGUCGGAUCAAGACACAAGGGUAUAUAUAUAUAUUGUCGCUAGUGUAGUACUAUCACCAAAUAUUGUUAAAAUAUAAUGCUAAAGAUGUUAAUUUGUUCACUUAUAUUUAUGUCUUUUCCUUCAUUAUUUGUUAGAAUGAACAAAUAUUUAUAAAACAUUGUGCUAAUAUAUUAAAUUUAAUAUAAUUUCUAUCUCAUUUUACAGAAAAAAAUUAAGUACAUAAUAUUAAUGAUGAUUUAAUUUGAUCUUUACAAAACCAUAUGUUGCAGGAUGUACCAUUUUAAUCAGAUUUAUAUUCAAGUUUUAAUCUUUUUUAGUUGUAAAAAAAUGUUAUUGUUAAAAAUCUUUAUAGAAAUUACUUCUAAAAUUUUACAUUUUUGCAUUGUUUUAGGAAAUUUAUCUUUAUAAUCCAAAUAGACAUUUAUAAAUAAUCAUGAUCAUGUUUAGUUAUACAGGGAUUAUUCAUAAUUAUGAGGGCAGAAAGAUUUGACAAAUCUGAUUUGAUACAUUUUAAAAAAAAAAAUAAUCUUAUCACUGAAAGGGAAAUAAUAGAUUUAAUAUGAUAAGAAUAUUUGAAUUACCUCCCUUGGAACAUUUGACCAACUAUCUGGAUUAAUGCAGUAUCCACUGUCAGUCAGUGACCAAGUGUUUAUUAAAAGUUGACUUUAAAGAUAAGGUUAUUAUGGUUUAUAAAUGAGUUAUGUUUCUUGUUAAGCAGCUUUGUCAAUUUUUUUUAUGUUAAGUGGAUAUCAUACCUAUGGGAGUUUUUAUUGACUUUACACUUCACAUUAACUCACAUGGUUGACCCCAAUACUGGAUAUUAAUUUUUGUAAACCAUCAAUAUUUUCAAAUUGAAAGGCCCACACAAGGACAUAGUGCAAUUUUUCCUACAUGGCAUAAAUGUCAAAUUAAAUACCCUUUAAAGAUUAUAAUCAAGUGUCAAGGAAUUCUUUAAUACAUUGUUUUAAUAAGAUAAAUUUUAAAACAUGAAUAUCAUCUGACAAUUUCACCCGACUCAAAGAGUAUCUUGAAAACAGGAAUUGUCUUUGUUGUUUUCAACGACAGAAGCAAUGCAGCUUUUAGAAUAUAUGUUGCACAAUAAAUAUUGGUAAUGCAUACGAUUUUUACAGAAAAUAUCCUUAAUUCUGAUAUUAGAUAUUGAUUAUUAAGUAUUUUAUUUGGCUGAAUGUGUUUGUUUGUAUGCAACAGUCUUUUUUUUAUGAAUGUAACACAUCUCCCAUAAAAUAUUUAUUGAUUAAAUUAUUUUGCACAUGUAUGAAAGAUUUCAAACCCAAAUCCCUAAAACAUGAAAACUGAAAAUCUCUGUUUUCAAUAGAUUUAAAUAUUUCAAUAAUUUCUCUCUCUCUUAUGUUGUUUUGGUUCUUUACAUUGUUGACAUAUAACUUCCAUUUAUACCUCAAGCUGUUACCUCAUUGGAAUUUAUUGUCAGCAUUGUCAUGAGCAAAUAUUGGCAUUAAACUAAAACUUCAGCAUAAAUAUUUUUAAUUUAAUUAAUGAGUAUAUUUAGUGAGAUAUAUUAUA